AUCUUACAUCAUGCAAGGACCGUCAGCAGCAGACUACAGUACUUGGUGCAACAUCAUCAGCACUACCAGUAACCUACGAAGUUCCCCAAGGCUCAAUCCUUGGACCGCUACUGUUCCUAUUAUAUCAGAACAAUCUCCCCAACUCCAUCAACCACUCGAAGAUUGCGACGUUUGCUGACGACACAAAGAUUUACCAGGUGAUAAACGCGAAGGCUGAUGCAUCCGCUAUGGAGAAUGAUCUUGCGAACUUCCAAACCUCCUCUGCCAAUGCUAAUCUUCUCUUCAACACAGAUAAAUGUAAGACGCUUCGAAUUACUAGAAAACUAAACAAAAUCGACCAUACAUACAAGUUGCACGAUUCCUCUCUGAAAACCACAGAUUGCGACCGUGACCUUGGCGUCUGGACCUCCUCCACCCUCACAUGGUCCAAACAG